AUGGCCAAGAAGACCGCCAUUGGGAUUGACCUCGGCACGACCUAUUCUUGCGUGGGUGUUUGGAAGAACGACGGAGUGGAGAUCAUUGCCAACGACCAGGGCAACCGAACCACUCCUUCCUACGUUGCCUUCACCGAUACUGAGCGAUUGAUCGGGGACGCAGCGAAGAAUCAGGUGGCCCGAAAUCCUGAGAACACGGUCUUUGAUGCCAAAAGAUUGAUUGGCCGCAAGUUUGCCGACCCCAUUGUGCAGGCAGACAUCAAGUUGUGGCCAUUCAAGUGCAUUGCAGGUCAGGGCGACAAGCCAAUCAUUGUGGUGAAGGUGGAAGGCGAGGAGAAGAAGCCUACUUGGGCACCAAGGUGA